GUCAGCCGUCAUUCGGCAAGCUCCGCUCCGGUCGUGCCGUCGUUACUCGAGCGCGUGGCUUCCUCCUCGGCUCUUUCUCUCUUUCUAUCUCGCGGAAGAUCAUCGGUGCGCGUAAGUGCGUGCGUGCAUGCGUGGCGUGCGUCCCGAUAACGGGGAGAGUUUAACAUGUGCCGGAAUGUCACGCGCGAUCGCGAGUCGGUAAAUCCGCUCGUACGUCGCACCGAGGGUGUACAGUAAGUGGACGACGACGACGACGACGGCGGCCGGAUCCAGGAUCGAGGAGUACACUGACCGCGGGUGCAGGAUGAUACGCGUGUCAGGUGAAUGAAAGCGUGUGCGUCCGUGACGAACAUCAUCAUCGGGGAGCGUUGCUUUAUUUCGUCGCCGAGUGACCGGAAGUGUGCGCGCAUUUUUUUUUUUUCAUCGGGAAUCGAGUGACGUAGAAGAAGUGGAGGGGAAAGGAAGAAGAAAAAAAAGCGACGAACGCCGGCAACGCGCGCGCGCGCGCAUUUCGUUCUCUCUCUCUCUCUUUCUCUCCUUGUUCUCGUUCUAUCUUUCUCUCCGCGUCCGUAUGAAAAAUAUUCGUUCCACAGUUUUGCGCGUGUGUAUGUGUCGCGGGAUAGGACGUCGGCCCUUCGCCAAGGAGGACGUGGGGCGAAAUUCGGCAGCAUCGGCCCCGUCGACCCACGCGAAUUCGGAUCAACCCCGAGGCUCGACUUUGUAGAGUGACCCCCGAACGGGAGAACGGACAGAGGCCAUGGAUGUGGACGGAGAUUCGGUGGUGGACCUGAGCAUCAGCAGCAGUGGCAGACGCAAUUCCCCGUCCCUUUCGGUAAAUUCUGGAGAUAUCCCGUUAGACCUGGGGAUUCAUCUUCACACUGCUCUUAGUCCUUCGGAGAAUGAUAUGCUAGAGACUCGUAAUAUACAAAAUGCGACACGAGGUAUUUUGGCUCCUAAACGAUCGCAUGGGGACGAACGCAAGCCACGUCGUAAUCUUAGACCUAGGAUUGAGAGAAGUUAUGCUGAGAGUCCUGAUGAACCUAGAAUAAAUGGAUAUUUAAAUGGAAAUGCAUCGGAUAGUGAUGAAGGUGAGAUGCCUCCAUUAUUACCGAUCAAGGAAUUGUCAACCGAUGAGCUGGCUGAACGUGAAAGGGUGCUGAGGAAGUACAAGGAGGAACUCAAAUCAGAAGAGAUGAAACUGGUACUUCUAAAGAAAUUACGUCAAUCCCAGCAACAGCUUAAGGAGAAUAUUGCGACAGUGCCAAAGAUUCCCAGCAAAUUACCACCACCAGUGACGGUGCAGCAAGUGCCCCACAGAGCUGGGAAAGCUCCACCACCCUUGCUCAGAGGCCAACCCGCACCAAGCAGAAGUAGCAGUUUACACGCUCCACCACCUGGCAUGGUACUUCCUCCUACGGCUGGUCGAAAUACCAUUCCUAGUACAGGGAUGCCUCCGAAUAUGGUGAUACCGCAACCUCCUCAUCCUAGAGGGAGACCACCUAGUGUAGCGGCUGCGACUGUGUCAAGUUAUCAUGCACCAACGGAUAGAACAGAGAGGUCCACAAAAGAUCCAACACCUGCCCCUGCGCAUCAAGUAAGUAAGCUGCUUGCUGGAUCGCAAGAAAAUAAAACCACCGCAUCCUUAAGCACACCUGUGAAUUCGGAACAGGAGAGAACAACACGGGACGAGACACCUGCUCAACGUCAAGCAGCUGCCAAGAUGGCCUUAAGAAAGCAGCUCGAGAAAACAUUGCUACAAAUACCGCCGCCGAAACCGCCGCCCCCGGAGAUGCACUUUGUACCAAAUCCCUCCAAUACGGAAUUCAUAUACUUGGUCGGUUUGGAACACGUGGUCGAUUUUAUAACAAGGGAACCGGCCAUACCGCCACCGCCCGAACCGUUUGAGUGCUCGCAAUGCAAAACAGAUUUCACGCCAGUCUGGAAAUGGGAGAAACCCAUGCCCGGUGGUAAGAAGGAUAGUCCCAGGGGGCAACAUGCGACCUUCCAACGGCCGUCAGCGGGUCGCGACCCGCGGGUUAUAUGUGAACAUUGUGUGACCACCAAUGUUAAGAAAGCACUGAAAGCAGAGCACACUAAUCGAUUAAAAACUGCUUUCGUCAAAGCGCUACAACAAGAGCAAGAAAUAGAACAAAGAUUAGCGCAGGCGCCAUGUCCGAGUCCAGAUCCUCCGGCUCCGAAACCAGUUCCUAAGGCGGCUACUCCUACGAGAAGAGUAGCCACGCCGCCUGCACCGCCGCCACAGGUACCACCGGCACCCACGUUAACGCCGACACCUCCAGCACCAAAGUUACAAGAACAUCCCUUGGUGAAACUGGCUGAAAGUGGGAAAUUUAGUCCGCAUCAUGCAGCUGCCGCGGCUGCCUUGCAACAACAAUUGCUCAGAGAAUUGACGAAGAAUCCGGUGCCAGCUAUAUCGCCGCAUCAACCGCUUCCCGCUCACAUGAUGCCGCAUUUUACCUCCAUUGCCGCUUUAUAUCCGUAUCAAUUAGCGAUGGCGCAGGCUGCCGGUGGCAAAGGUCUCGUAGAGUUACAACGACAGGCGGCGGAUCUCCAACGUCAAUAUCUGCUCGAUAUGAUUCCGUCGCAAGCAUCCCAAGCGCAAGGCAAUCAGGCACCGCCGCGGGCUCAUCCGCACAACUGGAAAACGUAACCGGACGCAUCUAAGGGAUGAUACAAACGAUAAAAUUAAAAAAUCAGACGUUACUAGACGUGCGUGUAAUGAAAAGAAUUUAAAGUGGUAGCUGAGAGAGAUCCGGUAAAAAAAAGUGUGCGGCGCUUCUGGAACGGUUAUGCUGUGUACCGAUCGCAGCGAUUAAUGUCUCGGUUAAGGAAGCUCAACUUGAUACAGGCAAGCAAGAUACGAGAGACAUUUCGUUAGUAUUGUAUAAAGAAUAAUAACCAUUGUGAAUAUUGUCAA